AUGUCAGGUCUUGAGAUUCUCGGAGCGAUCGCGAGCUCUAUUGCUCUGGCGCAAGCCGUCCAAGGGACACUCAAGGCUGUCGACUUUCUACGCCAAAACUCCGAUAUGAAGGGGGAAUGUAACAAACUAAGGAAAGAAAUACUCAUGAUUGACUGCUUCAUUAUGCAGGCCAGAGAACAGACAGAUCCGAUGAUGCCAGCGCAACGACUCAUUGGAUCUCCAGAACACCCACUAGUCUCUUUGACAAUACAAGAGCUCGAAGAGAUAUUGGAAGAGCUUAAUGAGAUUGUGGAGAAGUACUCACGCUCUCGCAAAGUCCACGACCCGAAGAGGUACACAGAUAAGGUGAAGUGGUUAUUAGAUGCAGGCAAAAUCGAAGAGCUUCGAGAAAGAGCUCAGGCUACAAAGUCCAACCUGCACAUGGCCAUCACAUUUAGGGUUUCUUCUAUGGUAGAUAGGGGGAAUGUGCGACAGGAAGUUCUCUUUCACCGUGUUACACAACAGUUGACUUACUAUACGCAAGAGACUCAUAAUAUCUCCCAGACUUUACCGAAACUACUCCAGGGACCCCAACCUGAGCCAGAAAGUUCAACGACGAGCCUACAACCCGCGACUCAAGGCACAACGUUUCACCACAAGCCUGACUCACAAGCGACGGAGGAAAGCAGAAUUAUUGGGGGCUCAAAGGUUCAUUGCGCGGAUAAUGCUGAACAUCGCAUUGCCACUUUCAAUGGGGAGAGCUUUGUUAGUGUUACAACCAUCCAAACCUUCUGCACACGUUCGUGCGGCUCGAAAUGCCAGUGUCGAUGUCACCAAGGACGACGAGAAGACACUGGUACAUGGGCAGGCUCCCUUCUUUAUUCAUGGCUCAUUCGAUAUGAUAAAACAGACAACAACUACCGAAAUAGAUGCAGGUGCAAGUCCAGCGUUGAGUUCGAAUUUCGGCUUCCAAGCUGGCUAUGGGCUGGAGUUCUUUCAUUUCAGGCAUCUCGAGGAUCCAAUAUCAACCUUUCCUUACGUCUAUCAAGGGUUCUCGAAUCAGUCGAUGACUUAUGGAUUACAAUGUCAAACCCGUCCUUACUAGUAGCCCGUAUUAGAGAGGGGUUUGUAUACUUUCCAGACGACACAGUUGAAAGUGAGUGGCCCUUGUUAUUGAUGGCAUUAUAUAACCAAAGUUCGGACUGCGUAGAAAUUCUCCUCAAGCUUUGGGGAAAUAUAUUACCCAGCCAGGGACUUUCCAGGAACAUCGGGUAUGAACUUAAAUCAUAUUUUACUAACGGUGACGAACCUGAAAUGGACAUGGCAAUAGAAAAAACCUUGUCUUUUGUGCAAGACUGGGCCGAUGUGAGCACAACUAAAGUUCACAUAGCGGCAGCAGGAGGAGGAGUGUUGGAGGCACUGCGGGAGCAGCCUUGGGCUAUCGACGAACUCGACGAAUAUGGAGAGGCUCCAAUGCACGUUGCAACUGUAACUAACAACAUGUUGGGACUCGAGCAACUGAUGGCGGCCAAGGCUGAUGUCAACCGGCAGACUCCCUCGGGCUAUACCCCCCUCAUGACAGCAGCCGCCUACGGGAACGACACAAUGUUACAGAAACUUUUGAGUCACAGCGAGUGCAUGAAGCGUAUUAGUCAAUGCAAUUCUCAAGGUAUAACUGCGCUACACUUUGCUGCCAAAUCAGGGUCCCUAGCCUGUGUCAAACUGCUACUCGAGGCUGGAGCGCCCACAUCAAAGAGAGACGGCUAUGGUAGGACUCCAAUGCACUACCUUGCAUGGGUAAAUCAUGAGCAUCAGCAAGAGAUUCGCGAGACAAUACAGCUUCUACAAGACUAUGGGGCAGAUAUCGAAUCGAAAGAUCUCAAUGGUAUAACGCCAAUUUUAUGGGCAUGUCAAAAAGGCAAUGUCUCAAUCUUAAGGGCUCUUGUUAGGGCAAGUGCGUCACUCGGUGCCAUCGAUUCGAGUCGAAAUGGCAUUAUACAUGUGGCAGCCCUUUCUAACAACUUUGACGUUGUCCAUUACCUCGCAGAACAGGACCUUGAGGAAAUCGACCCACAGCUUCGAGGCCUCGACCAGAAUAGCACUCCUCUGGGCAGCUUAAGGUGGAUUUUUGAUGAAUACUUCAUGCAUUCCAUCAUUGUUCCUAGUCAAGAGCAACAACAGGACUUCAUUAAAUUCUAUUUUAAGUUGCUGAUACGCAACUUGGAGCGUCAUAUGUCAACCCUCCGGAAUAUUCAAGAAGUAAUAGAAGAUAGAGACUCGGGGGCCACAGAAAAACUUCUCGAUAUACUGAUCAAGAGGAAUGAGGUCAGUUUUCGGCAAGAACUUGUUGGCUGGUAUAGAGGACUCAAGUUUUAUGUUUCAGAUGGUCAGUGGGAUAAGUUGAAGGAGGCUAUAUGCGAGGAAUAUGAUGAAAUUUCGGACAAGGCUGAAAGAGCGGCGAUUGCGAGAGGGAAGACAUUGACGGAUCCUGAGAUGGAGGAAUUUUUCUAA